CUAAAUAAAUCCCAUAGACAAAAUGAAACGUCUUGUUUGUUUGUAGAUAGAAAUAGAGGAUAGCACAUCACAUUGUGUUUGAUUCAAUGAAUUUAUUCGGAUAUUUGUGGAUUAUUAAAAUUUGUAACUUUUGUAUGUAUCCGAACGAAACAAAUCUUUGGUUGGCGCUCUUCAUCUUCAAAUUGAAUCAAAUUUUUUAACAUCAACAUGGCGGAUAAAUCAGAAAGGGAGCGCGAUGGAGAUACGUCUCGUACUCAAUAUCGAAUUAAAGAUGAACCAAUGGAUAUGGAUUUUCCAGAAGACGAAGAAGAACCACCAGCCUUUGGUCCAGCUGCACUUGGACUUCACAGGGUUGGCACUAAGUUACCGCCAAAACCGACCCCUAGUGAGCCGGUGCAAAAAUUGAACGCAAGGGGUAUGCCAGCGAGAAUAAGGAAGAAAAACAGAUUUAUCUUUGUGGAUGACUUUGUUAAUACAUCUCCCCCAAGACAAUCUCCAAAGAGAACACCAAAAAUCAUAUCUAAAACCCCUAUUAAACAGUCAAGUGCCAAGAAACAAAAGUCACCAUCCAAGGUACAGAGAAAUAAUGACAAGGUGGAUGACAAGAUGCCAGAGAGCCCUGGGAGCCAGUCGCCAGACCGAAAGUCAGGCCAAAGGAUUGGUAUGAGACUGCGAAAUUUGUUAAAAUUGCCAAAGGCACAUAAAUGGGUGUGUUUUGAAUAUUUCUACAGUAAUAUUGACAAAGCUUUAUUUGAUGGGGAUAAUGAUUUUAUGAUAUGUCUCAGAGAGUCAUUUCCACAAUUGACAAAUCGAAAAUUGACUCAAGUUCAGUGGGCCAAAAUCAGACGCAUGAUGGGUAAACCUCGUCGAUGUUCCCAAGCUUUCUUUGCUGAAGAACGAAAGGAGCUUGAAAGAAAGAGAAAAUUAAUUAGAUAUAUCCAACAAAGAAAAAGUACUGACAUUUGCAUCAAAGAUCUACCUAAUGAAAUUCCCAUGCAGUUAGUUGUUGGCACUAAAGUGACUGCAAGACUAAGAAAACCACAGGAUGGUUUAUUCACAGGCUGCAUAGAUGCGGUGGACACUUCUAACAAUACUUAUAGAAUAUCUUUUGAAAGACCUAAGCUUGGGACCCAUUCAGUGCCAGAUUAUGAGGUAUUGUCUAAUGAACCUCCUGAUACAAUUAGCCUUUCUAGUAUCUCAGCAAAGUUCAGACCUCGACAUGUUAUGCAAGGCAUCUAUAAUUUGUAUCAGCAACCAAUUCCCAUUAACAAUAACAAUGCUCAAAAUGAUCCACUUAUAGGUUGCUCAGAUAUCAAUAAACAGUUUGAUUCAACUCCAGCAAAUUAUCCUUUUCCAUUAUUGGAGUUAAUAAUAAAAUUAACAAAAAUAUUACGUGCUAAGAGAGCGAAAAUUGAUAGACUCCGGGAAUAUAAUUGUGAAGCUGAGAAAAGGAAAUGUUUUGGUGACAAAAUGCCUGAAGACUUUGAAAGAAAAUAUGCUGCCACAGUAAUUGAUCUAGAAAGAAUGAACAUGGACUUACAAGAGUAUAUCAAUGAAAUACAAUUAUAUUGUCAGCAAAUUGCACCAGGACCCAGCUUGGAUGCAAUGUUAGCUCCAUCUCAUUUGAGAGAAAGAUGUCGGGAAGAGGCCAGUGUGCUUGUAGACAAGAAUAACAAAGGUUCUGUGAAAGAUGAUUUCUUAAUAGAACUUAUAACAGAUCUUACUGCCCUCAUGUUACAAGUUAAGAGCUUGUCUGAUUCUGAUGAAAAUGCUUAUGAACUGAGUGUUUUGCAAGGAACCAUGGAUUUAAUAAAAAUGAAGUUAAAACCGCAACAUCAAAAGUUGUUCCAAAACAAUGUUGAAGUUCAUAUGCAUAGAAUACAGAUGGGAUUAGGUCAAAUGUCAUCCAACUCUUAUGUUACUGGUACAUAAACCCAAAUUACAUAACCAUUAUAUUAUAUAAAUAAUUAUAAAUGAUUUUAAUUGUGAUGGAUGAAAUUUACAUGAUUUAUUCAAGUGCUUUGUUAUAAUACAUUUAUAGGCUUCCCUUUCAUGUAUGUAGUUGCAUGGAUUUAAGAUGAUUUUAAAUGCAAAAACUUAUUAUUCUCUAGAUUACAACUUACCAAGAGUCUGUGUAUCAGAAUAUAUUUAAAUAUUAAGAUCAAAUUUAAAUAGGUUAUUUAAGUGUAUAUAUAGAGCAGCGCAUGCGCCAGAAUAAAUCUAUUGUAUUAUUUCCUAA